AUGCCGCCCCCGGAGAAGAGCCAGGGCCCCCCGGCCCGGGCGCCCGCGGGCCGCGCUCAAGGCCGGCUGCCCGGCCCGCCGUCCCCCGCGCUGUUCUGCGCCUGCGGCCUGUGCGUGCUGCUGGCGGGCGUGAACGUGACGCUGGUGGGCGCCUUCGCCUCUUUCGUCCCGGGGCACAACGCGCCGCUCAUCGCGGGGCCGGCGCUGCUCGUGCUGGCGCUCGGCUUCUUCGCGGCCUGCUGCGUGUGUAGCCGCCGCCGCGGGCCCGCGCCCCGUUCGCGCUCGACGGCGGCCGCGGGUCCCUGCCAGGGCGGGGGCGGCGGGCGGGUGGCGCUGGAGAUGGAGAGCAGCGAGCGCACGGCGCAGGACACCACGGCCGUGCAGCUCAGCCCCGCCGCCUCGGCCGCGUCGUCGGGCCGCUCAAGCCCCAGCCCCGGCCCCUUCGCCCUGGACGCCCCCGCGCCCGCAGCCGUCUACGCGCCGCGCGCCGACGGGGUCCGGCGCGACCUGCCCCGGGAGCGCGUCGCCCCCUAG